AUGGCGCCAAAGCGGAAGCGCGGCGUCCGUCGUUCGCGCCAGCAGGAGCAGGUGCGAGACGACUCCCCGGAGGUGCAGGAAGUAGUGUGGGUAGGGGGGAAAUUUGUGCCAGUGGUUGAUGUUCAACAUGUAACGGAGGUUCCGGAGCUAGUAGUCGCGCUGGAGGUAGGACGCGCGCAGCGACUCGUGGAGGACGACGACGAACCGCGAGAAUACGGCGCCGGAGGACGACGGAGGGCGGCGCGCGAACGGCGGGAAGAUCGUCGUGCGGAGACGAACGGCUCAGAUGGAAGCGGGACUCCCCGGAUCAAGUGGCUUGGGAAGGGAUGCGCGAGUGGCGGCGGUGUUUCUGCAUCGAAGCGGCCCGCUGACGUGGUGAAGCAAGAGCGAGCCGCGGGAUCAGAUGCGCGGGAAGCUGACGUGGCCGCGAGACUCAAAGCCGGGCUGCCAGUGGUUAAGCAAGAGCGAGCCGCGGGCUCAGGUGCGCGGGAAGCUGACGUGGCCACGAGACUCCAAGCCGGGCUGCCAGUGGUGAAACGGGGGGCUGCUAACGUGGCGGAGAAGGAGAGUAUCCCUCGCACCAGACCGCCCUGGUUCACAGUGCUGGUGGCGGCGUGGGUGCU